GGAACUCCUUUGGCGCAUGCGCAGUGCCUGCUGAAGCAGGGAGUCAGGCGGCUCUGGGGCUGUGACACUGGUGGUGUAUUAGACAGUGUUUAAACCUGUGGCUGGAGCGGAUGCGUGUGUGUUCGGCGUGAACGCGAUGCUUCGGAGCCGGGCUCGGAGCGCCUCGUAGCGCAGUGCGGAAAAUAAACAAAAACAAGGAGGCGAACGAGAUUGUCCAAAGUGAGAGGAGCCUCUCUGGAAGUUUGGACGCAGCGCCAUCUUUGGUCCCAGUUCUCCAUCCGUGACCGUGGGCCUGGAUUUAAACACGAGCAUCUCGACCCACUGGGAUCGUUCACGCAGGGAUGGAGGAACUGCAGUCUCUGGACCCACGCAGACAGGAGCUGCUCGAGGCUCGGUUCAUGGGGGCAGUAAGUGGCAGCACCGGGGGCAGCACAGGCAGCACCAGUGGAGGAGCCAAGGGUUUGAUCAAUAAUGAAUGCUCCAACCACAGCUUUGGCAGUUUGGGAUCAUCAAGUGACAAGGAGUCUGAGAACUCCGAUCUAAAGCGAGGUGGCUCUCCGGCAUAUUCCACACCUGAGAAGAAGCACUCUGAGACGACUAGGAGGAAGAGAAAAGCCGACAACCAAUCAGAGAGCAACCAAGGCAAGUCUUCCGGCCGAGGAGCGAAGAUCAGCGAUUACUUCGACUUUCAUGCAGGAAACGGCUCCAGCCCUGUCAGAGGAAUGCCACCUGGUCUCCGUGCCCCUCACGGCUCUCAUUCUGCCCCCGGCUCUAUCGUGCGGCAGAACAGUUCCUCACCCACCAGCCUGUGUUUCAGCGAUCACAUGAUGCAGCCAAAGCAGCUCGGUAUCAGAAGUGUACAGACGGAUCUGACUUUGUUGAAGCUCGCUGCCCUUGAGAGCAAUAAAAAUCUGGAUCUGGAGAAGAAGGAGGGCAGAAUAGACGAUCUGCUCAGGGCUAACUGUGACCUACGGAGACAGAUAGAGGAACAGCAGAAGCUGCUGGAACGGUAUAAGGAGCGUCUGAACAAGUGCACCACCAUGAGCAAAAAGUUGCUGAUUGAGAAGAGCACCCAGGAGAAGCAGUCAUGUCGGGAGAAGAGCAUGCAGGAUCGUCUGCGGCUCGGUCACUUCACCACGGUGCGACACGGUGCUUCCUAUACAGAGCAGUGGACCGACGGCUACGCCUUCCAGAACCUGGUCAAGCAGCAGGAGUCGGUAAACCAGCAGAGAGAAGAAAUCGAAAGGCAGCGCAAGCUUCUCGCGAAACGCAAACCUCCCAACACCGCACCAUCUCAGAGCCCAGCGCCUUUCAACGAGUCCAAACCCAGGAAGACCAAAGCUGUGAACGGAGCGGACAGCGACCCCUUCGUCAAACCCAGCCUACCUACACUGUUGACUUUAGCAGAAUAUCACGAACAGGAAGAGAUCUUCAAACUCCGACUGGGCCAUCUGAAAAAGGAGGAAGCGGAGAUUCAGGCCGAGCUUGAGCGUUUGGAGCGAGUCAGGAAUCUGCACAUCCGUGAGCUGAAGAGGAUCAGUAAUGAGGACAGCUCCCAGUUUAAAGAUCACCCAACCCUCAACGACCGGUACCUGCUCCUGCACCUGCUGGGCCGAGGAGGCUUCAGCGAGGUUUAUAAGGCGUUUGACCUGUUCGAGCAACGUUACGCGGCAGUGAAGAUUCACCAGCUCAACAAGAACUGGAGAGAGGAGAAGAAGGAGAACUACCACAAACACGCCUGUCGAGAGUACCGAAUCCACAAGCAGCUGGACCAUCCCAGAAUAGUCAAACUGUACGACUACUUCUCCCUGGAUACAGACACGUUCUGCACAGUGUUGGAGUUCUGCGAGGGCAACGAUCUGGACUUCUAUUUGAAGCAGCACAAGCUGAUGUCUGAGAAAGAAGCUCGUUCUAUUGUCAUGCAGAUCGCCAACGCUCUCCGAUACCUCAACGAGAUCAAACCGCCAAUCAUUCACUACGACCUCAAACCAGGUAACAUCCUGCUGGUGGACGGUACUGCAUGCGGAGAAAUAAAAAUCACCGAUUUCGGCCUGUCGAAGAUCAUGGAUGACGAUAACUAUGGCGUGGAUGGUAUGGACCUGACUUCUCAGGGAGCAGGGACCUACUGGUAUUUACCCCCAGAGUGUUUUGUAGUUGGAAAAGAGCCACCAAAGAUCUCGAAUAAAGUGGACGUCUGGUCUGUGGGCGUCAUCUUCUUCCAGUGUCUCUAUGGACGCAAGCCGUUUGGCCAUAACCAGUCUCAGCAGGACAUCCUCCAGGAGAACACCAUCCUCAAAGCAACCGAGGUCCAGUUUCCUCCUAAACCUGUGGUCAGCAACGAAGCCAAGGCGUUUAUCCGGCGCUGUCUGGCUUACAGGAAGGAGGACCGUUACGACGUCCACCAGCUCUGUAGCGACUCGUACCUGCUCCCUCACAUCCGGAGAACCAACUCGUCUGGAAACCUGCAGGCCACACCCACUAGUCCCGCUUCCUCCUCCAUCAUCUCUUAUUGAUCUGUCCGGCUUGAAAAGUGAUUGACUUUUUGUUUGUUUUGAACGAUCGCCUGAUGCGAAGGUUUUUUUUUGGGGGGGCGGGUGUCUGCAGAGGGUUUUGCAGGUCAGGAUGUGGACUUGACACACACCAGGCUGCAGUUGCUGUGGUGAAAGUGCACUUGAUGGGAUGUUGAGCACAGUCGGGAGAGCAGGAAAAAACUUGAAUACUAGUUAUACACGAGUCUAUAGGAGGAGUGUGUGUGUGUGUGUGUGUGUGUGUGUGUGUGUGUGUGUGUCCUGGGGGCGGGCCUUACACUUUACAUUUUGAUGUUAUGUCUUUGUCUUAUAGCCACCAACUCUGUGUGUGUGUAGGACAGAAAGCAGGUCCAGGGUAUCUUCAAGUAGAUUAACUUUGUUUUCCCCUUUAACCAAUCACUGUCCUCUGAUGUCAUCAGUGUGCGCCAUUCGCCCAUUGGAUAUUUAUUUUAAUAAUGCACUCUGUUUACGGUCUGGUGUCUGAGAGCGUAUUACGGCGGUCCCCACAACGCACAUUUGCUCUGACGAGUACUGCAGGGAGCAAAACCACAAGUACAGGGUGGAUCUGGAUCUGAUUAAGCUGCUUGGAUUUCCAAUCUCCUACGCCUAAUCCUAAUCGUCACACUCUACAACUCGUUGAACACGUGUGCGCAGCCUGAAACACUCCUGUAGGAGGUCCGACUUCACCCUGUGUAUUCUUUUUCUUUCAUGUUAUUUAUUUAUUUAUUUUUUGUUAAGGGGUGCCUGUGUUCACCUCUCAAUCGUAGUGCUGUAAGGAAUAAUGACGAGAGCCUUUUCACACACUGCACUCGUAUGGGUUUGGGUUUUCCGUCACUAAACUGCGUGAAACAGUCAGUGUUUUAGUAUUUUGAUUCGUGGACUGUUUAACCUGCAGUUCCCUGCGCCGAGACCCCCGGAAAACCGGUACGCAGUGUAACAGCACUCACUAAACUCGAUCAGUUAGUCGACUGGGUGACUCGCGUAGAACGAGCUAGAAGGUGAAAGGAUGUGAAGACGAGGCCGAUUUUCUUCUCGUUUGUUUAGCAUCGGAUCAGUAAAGCGGUUCAGUGGCGUUAAUGUGCCGUCAGGACGCCCGGUUCGCACUCGCAGCAUCACUUCUUUUGUCGAGAAAACCGAUGAAGAAUUUAGAGAUUCUGUGUUUUCUAUCAUCAUGAGCGUUUCAGUACAGUUGUGUGUAAACGUGUGAUUUUGCAAACCCGAAAAAAAUGUUCACCAGAUGAAGCUAAUUUACAUAAGGCGACGCCCACAUAGUCCAUAAAAGGCGAUAGUGUACGCUGAAUGAUCGAGGGUUUAGUCUUUGUGCCAAAACACGUAACUACUAUUAUAUAAAAUGAAAAUACUAAGUGAGCACUGUUUAUUUUAUUAUAAUGGAAUGAUUUUGAUUUUAUCGACAGAGUUUCAUUCGUCUGAUCUUACGGGUGUGUUGGCUUUUUCUCCCCCCACUUUAUUUUUCAUUUGUUUAUUAUUGUUUAACGCCAUAUAAGACCGGAUUUCACAGAAUGUUCCUCGAAUUGCAGGUUUAGUCCCUCACUUAUUGAACAAGCAGGAGGGUGUGGUUUUAAUGUGUAAUCCACAUCCAUGCAAACGAUACGAUAAACACCGUGCGAUUCGAGUUCAUCAGCGUUCACACUGACGUGUGUGGAGCGAGUUUGGGCGUAAAUGUACUUCUGUUCCUUUCUCAGGCCUUGGAGACGUAUCCAGAUGUUUUCGGGUCCCCAGUAAACACACUCGCACGCUCAGGAUGAAAAAAUAGCGCAGCUUCAGCUGAAACACAAAGCGGAGGUACACUUUCGAUGACAUCAAAAGACACUGGUUGAAAAUCGUGUUUGAAAACGAAUCAUGGUCAAGGCGGGUCCAGGGUCUCGGUCUGACCGUCCCGUCCCGUCCUCUGCCACAAACCCGGAGCAAUGUCCACGUUGCUGCUACUCAGUGUUGCUUUUUAGGUAUCGGUUACACCUCUGGGGUUGUUGUGUUUUUGUUUUUCGGGAAGAAUACUGUACAAUUUAACAGAUGUCAUAUAUGGAAAAUUUAUUUGUCAGGAAUUUUGAAGCAUGUUGAUACAAUACCUUUUUGUCACGUGCGCACGCACGCGCGUGUGUGUGUGUGACAACGUUUAAGCUAACGGACAGAACGUGAGCCUGCCCCCAAAUCGCUGAUCGAUCCGUGUGACCAAGCAGGAGCUGGAUUCAGCAGUGCUAGGUCGGCUUUCUCCUCCUCCUCCUCCUUCCCUCUCUCCCAUCAUCCUUCCUCUCUCAGCCCUCCAUCUGUGACCUGUCUCUGAAAUGCUGCUGCCGUUGUAGGGAAUGUAGCCAAAAGAGAAAUAAAAAUUCCUAAAGCUAUUUUAAUA